AUGAAGAUUACCACGAACCCUGUGGAGCUGUGGUGCUCUCCCAGCAGCCAGGCCAGGCAGGAGAAAGACUACUUUGACAGCCACUUCGGACCCUUCUUCAGGGCAGAGCAGCUCAUCAUCACCACCACGUUGCAUUCAGAAUCUGUCUACUCCCUAAACCCCAGUGGGGCUGACAUGCCCUUCGGAGCCCCCCUGGACAAGAACGUCCUCCACCAGGUGGGUUAGUUGGAGGAACUGGGCUUGGGGGGUGAUGGAUUGAUGUGUGAUUGAUAUGUUCAGAUGGAAUUGUUGUAGCAUUUAGAAUGGGAUUAUGGGUUGUGGACAUUUGGUUCACGCUAUCUGAGCAGUGUUUCCUGUAGGAUUUCUUUCAGCAGCUAAAACCCUGGAUCAAUGACCUUUAAUUACAAUCUGUGGCCCCCACCGCUGCUAAAUUAGUAGGUCAAUUGUGGAGGCUCUUCUCUUCAGGAAGACAUACAGUGUUUGGUCUUUGCCUUAGUUCUGAUGUGAUAUUUUUAGUUUUACAAAAUCUCUUAUCUCUCAGGUGUUGGAUCUCCAGACGGACAUAGAAAACAUAGUUGCUUCAUACGGGGACCAGAAGGUGACCUUAAACGAUAUCUGCUUGGCCCCACUGUGGCCCCUACAACAACAACUGCACCAUCCUCAGUGUUCUCAACUACUUCCAGAACAGCCACGAACAGCUGGACCGUAGCAUAGGAGAUGAGUUCUACGUCUACGCAGACUACCACACACACUUCCUGUACUACGUCAUAUGAGUGGCCCUCAGAACACUUUCUCUAGUGACAUUUGCACCUGGGGAAUGCUACUGAACUCAUGAGGUUAAACUAGUUGCAUUUCCUUUCCCACUCUCAAAUCAUCAUAUUGAAAGAUUGGUUCUGAUAAUGCACAUUGAGAAAUGUAUUUCUUGCGUUUAAUUUCCCUUCAGCAAUUAUAUACUCAUAGCUGUGUAUGGUGAAUAGUUAGUCUUAGAUUUGUUUAUAUUACCUCAGAGUUAUUAAAUCAUUCUCUCUAUCUCUUCUGUGUGUAGUGCCCCAGCAUCCCUUAACGACACCAGCGUGCUCCAUGAUCCCUCUAAGGCACUGCAUCUCAGUGCUUGAGGCGUCACUACAGACCCCCUGGUUCGAUUCCAGGCUGUAUCACAACCGGCCGUGAUUUGGAGUCCCAUAGGGCGGUGCACAAUUGGCCCAGCGUCGUCCGGGUUUGGCCGGUGUAGGCUGUCAUUGUAAAUAAGAAUUUGUUCUUAACUGAAUUGCCUAGUUAAAUAAAGGUUAAAUAAAAAUGGUCCAAACAUACCAGGUACUAAGCUUUAUUCUCAUCUGACUAUACUUUCAUUGAACCACAAUGUUUCAUUAUGUGCAUGUAAUGGCGUGUAUAUGGUCACUGUCGAACUCAAUAAUGGCAUUGAUGAAUUCAUUAAUGUAUUGAUCACCAUGUGUGAUGCGUUGUGGUACAGAAGGAUGAGCGGAUGCCUCAGGAGGAGCUGCACCAGCAAAUAGGCCGUAUCCAUGGAGACGUGGCUCCCAGCAUGCUCCUCUCCUCCUUUUCUGAAACUGUGGCUUUCUUCCUGGGUAUGAGAAUGACCUGUAACCUUCAAUCACUUAACACAUCUAGUGUUGACACACUACUUGGCUACAUUAUAGAACAAUCAAACAUAUUGUAUUGUAUAAUGUAGUAUGUAAAUAAUUGAAGAUGUCAACUUGGUCCUUUGUCACUCCCAUGGAUUUCCAUAUUGACUGCAAUUUGUGUAAUGACAAGCUUGAGUCUGGAGCUCUAAUGUCAAUGGGUUACCUACUUUUUUCCUCUCCAGGGGCCCUGUCCACUAUGCCGGCGGUGCGGACCUUCUCCCUGUUUGCUGGGCUGGCUGUGUUCAUUGACUUCCUGCUACAGAUCAGCUGCUUCAUUAGCCUGCUGGGCCUGGACGCUAAGAGCCAGGUGGUGAGGAGGGCUGGGCUGGUAUGGGGGUAGGGUAAGGUAGGGCUGGGUUAAGGGUUGGGGACGACUUCCUGCUACAGAUCAGCUGCUUUGUCAGCCUGCUGGGCCUGGACGCUAAGAGGCAGGAGGUAAGGAGGGCUGGGGAAUAAAAUAAAUGCCUACACACUGCAUUUGCUUCUCCUGUGAGAGGACUGGUGAUGACUCACAGGGGUAGGGUUGGCAUGCUAGACAGUAUCUGUCAGCAUUCUGUGUCACUAUUUGCUAACUCCCUGUUUCAUUACCAUGUCAUUCCCAGCUAAGCAUGAGUGUCACGGUUACAGCCCACUUCAAGUGAGUAGUGCACUGAUGUCACGUUUAAUAGAGCGAGACACUGGAGUUAUCUAAUAAGGAAGUAAAACUGUUUUAAAAUGCUUUACUGAUUGGGUCCUUGGGGCCUUAUUCAGGAUUUCUGGGUUAAGUCAACAUCGUUCUCUUGUGCUUCAAGAAUUUAGACGUUGUUUUUCCAGGAAAAUUGUGUGGACAUUGUGUGCUGUGUGAAGCUGCCAGAUGGCCAGGAGGAGAGGACAGAUGGCUUCCUCUUCUACUUCUUCAAGAAGGUCUACGCCCCCUUCAUCCUCAAGGAGUGGGUCAGACCCAUUGAGUGCUGAUACUCAGAUUUAAAUGUACAAUAGAGCCAGCUUUCAAGCCAAAAUGUUAUGUAAACAGUUAGCCACUAAACUUCCAUAGUGUAUCUUUAAUAACUUCUCUUGGACAGGUGGUUGUGUUUGUGGGGAUGUUGUCCUUCAGUAUCGCUGUCACCAAUAAGGUAGAGAUUGGACUGGACCAGAAGCUCUCCAUGCCUGAUGUAAGUAUGUCUAGUACAUCUACCCCCACCAGCCUCACUCAGUAUGCUAUUGAUAAUUGGUCUUCUCCUUUGAUGCAUUGGAUCAUGUCGGACAUUUCUCUCAUAUUGAAUCUCCCAUCCAAUAGGACUCGUACGUGCUGGACUACUUUAAGAACCUGAGUGAGUACCUCCAAACGGGUCCUCCGGUCUACUUCGUGGUGGAGGAUGGCUAUGACUACUUGAGUCUGGAUGGACCAGAACUCUGUGUGUGGAGGGGUGGGCUGCAGCAACAACUCUCUGGUCCAACAGGUCUACACAGCAUCUCUCAUCAGCAACUAGUGAGUGAAGCAACAGCAACCCCUCCCCACUUCUUUCACCUUUGGACUGCAUGUUGAAAUCAGGAGUAUGAUGUGAAAUCAGUCAGGGUUAAACAGGGAGACUAGAACUCUGGCUUUAGCUGCAGUUAUAGCAUUGAACUCACUAACAAACAGUGUUGGGAUUCACGACACCUGCAAUAACAUCUGCUAAAUAUGUAUAUGCGACCAAUAACAUUUGAUUUGAUUACAAAACCACCCACCACUGGUGUGUGGGGCCCAAGAGCUCUAUUUUCAUGUCAUCCAACAAAUGUAAACGCCUGGAGUUUGCUAAACUGCAUUGGCACUUGGAUUGGAACCGGUGCUAUGGUCAGAUGACAUGGAAAUAGAGCUCUUAGGCCAUGCACACCAGUGGUGGGUUUGGGGUCAAAAGAAGGAUGAAUAUGCAGAAAAGUACCUCAUACCUACUGUAAAAUAUGGUGGUGGAUCUUUGAUGUUAUGGGGCUAUGUUGUUUCCACUGGGGCACAUUAACUUUACCCAGUACCAAGAUAUUUUAGCCAAAAACCUGGUUGCCUCUGACAGGAGGCUGAAACUUGGCCGCAAGUGGAUCUUACAGCAAGAGAAGGCAAAGGCCUUCUCAGUCUCUGGCAUAAAACCAUUAAAAAAACCAUUAAAAACCUGUGGUUUGAAUUGAAGAGGGCAGUCCAGAAGCCGCAGGUGAAGGAUAUCAAGUAUCUGGAAAGAUUCUGUAUGAAGCAAUGGUCUAAGAUCCCUCCCAAUGUGUUCUCCAAUGUCAUAAAACAUUUUCGAAAAAGGCUCCGUGACCCCUAUCUUUUUGAGAGAAAAAAAUUACUUGUUAAACAAAAUCACUUUCUGUGAGCAAUUGUAUUAGUAUAAUAUAAUUUCAACAACAACAAAAAUGGUGCAAAUAAUAUAGCUCAGUAUUUGUAUUUAGUUUUUGCUCAGCUUUAUCAACGGGUGCCAAUAAUCUUGGAGGUGACUGUGUAUAGUUUAAUGUUACAGUUAUCACUGUCAUAUAUGGGCCUAAUUAUCCUAAUAUAGGCUGAGCUAAACCUCUGUACAGAAUUCCUUUUAUUUUCAGUCAAAAUCUUUCUCUCCAGCCGCCAGUGCUGGUUAGACCUCUGCACAGAGAUGGAUAGCUAGAUGACACCCUUGCCACUAGACGGUGAAGCCCUAUGGGCUUUAUCACAGAAGCGAUCAAUGGCACAGAUCAGAGGUAAAAUAUUUUCUGAAAGUCACGCGCACAUUACUUGAAAAAGUAACUAUUACUCACAUUUGUAAGUAACAUGUUACUCAUAAAGUAAUAUUACAUAACGUGUAACUUUUAUAAGCGUUACCCCAACAUGCUGACAAAUACCUUCUUGUUUGAAGGAAUUAUAAGACGUUCUUGAAUGUCUUCAAUAGAAAGGAUCAAGUAAUCAUGUUUUCUCCAGCCACUAUAGGAUAACCCGUUGUGUGCUGAUGAACGACUGUUGAGUGUUAGAUACCUUCGAGCCUGGGAGUAUGAUGUGAAAUGUCAGUAAAGGGCUAGAACUUGGCUUGGAACUUGCUCAAGUGGGUCAGAUGCAAAAAUGUAAAAUAGAGCCCCCUUUGGAAUUUUUGCUCCAACAACAUGGCAUUGGCACUUGAUUGGACCGGUGCAUGGUCAGAUGACAUAAAUAAGUCUUAGCAUGCAACCAUGGGGGUGGUCAAACUACAGUGGGGAAAAAAAGUAUUUAGUCAGCCACCAAUUGUGCAAGUUCUCCCACUUAAAAAGAUUAGAGAGGCCUGUAAUUUUCAUCAUAGGUACAUGUCAACUAUGACAGACAAAAUGAGAAAAAAAAUCCAGAAAAUCACAUUGUAGGAUUUUUUAUGAAUUUAUUUGCAAAUUAUGGUGGAAAAUAAGUAUUUGGUCAAUAACAAAAGUUUCUCAAUACUUUGUUAUAUACCCCUUGUUGGCAAUGACACAGGUCAAAUGUUUUUCUGUAAGUCUUCACAAGGUUUUCACACACUGUUGCUGGUAUUUUGGCCCAUUCCUCCAUGCAGAUCUCCUCUAGAGCAGUGAUGUUUUGGGGCUGUCGCUGGGCAACACAGACUUUCAACUCCCUCCAAAGAUUUUCUAUGGGGUUGAGAUCUGGAGACUGGCUAGGCCACUCCAGGACCUUGAAAUGCUUCUUACGAAGCCACUCCUUCGUUGCCCGGGAGGUGUGUUUGGGAUCAUUGUCAUGCUAAAAGACCCAGCCACGUUUCAUCUUCAAUGCCCUUGCUGAUGGAAGGAGGUUUUCACUCAAAAUCUCACGAUACAUGGCCCCAUUCAUUCUUUCCUUUACACGGAUCAGUCGUCCUGGUCCCUUUGCAGAAAAACAGCCCCAAAGCAUGAUGUUUCCACCCCCAUGCUUCACAGUAGGUAUGGUGUUCUUUGGAUGCAACUCAGCAUUCUUUGUCCUCCAAACACGAUGAGUUGAGUUUUUACCAAAAAGUUAUAUUUUGGUUUCAUCUGACCAUAUGACAUUCUCCCAAUCCUCUUCUGGAUCAUCCAAAUGCACUCUAGCAAACUUCAGACGGGCCUGGACAUGUACUGGCUUAAGCAGGGGGACACGUCUGGCAAUGCAGGAUUUGAGUCCCUGGCAGAGUAGUGUGUUACUGAUGGUAGGCUUUGUUACUUUGGUCCCAGCUCUCUGCAGGUCAUUCACUAGGUCCCCCCGUGUGGUUCUGGGAUUUUUGCUCACCGUUCUUGUGAUCAUUUUGACCCCACGGGGUGAGAUCUUGCGUGGAGCCCCAGAUCGAGGGAGAUUAUCAGUGGUCUUGUAUGUCUUCCAUUUCCUAAUAAUUGCUCCCACAGUUGAUUUCUUCAAACCAAGCUGCUUACCUAUUGCAGAUUCAGUCUUCCCAGCCUGGUGCAGGUUUACAAUUUUGUUUCUGGUGUCCUUUGACAGCUCUUUGGUCUUGGCCAUAGUGGAGUUUGGAGUGUGACUGUUUGAGGUUGUGGACAGGUGUCUUUUAUACUGAUAACCAGUUCAAACAGGUGCCAUUAAUACAGGUAACGAGUGGAGGACAGAGGAGCCUCUUAAAGAAGAAGUUACAGGUCUGUGAGAGCCAGAAAUCUUGCUUGUUUGUAGGUGACCAAAUACUUAUUUUCCACCAUAUUUUGCAAAUAAAUUCAUAAAAAAUCCUACAAUGUGAUUUUCUGGAAUUUUUUUUCUCAAUUUGUCUGUCAUAGUUGAUGUGUACCUAUGAUGGAAAUGACAGGCCUCUCUCAUCUUUUUAAGUGGGAGAACUUGCACAAUUGGUGGCUGACUAAAUACUUUUUUUCCCCACUGUACCUACUGUAAAAUAUGGUGGUGGAUCUUUGAUGUUAUGGGGCUAUGUUGUUUCCACUGGGGCACAUUAACUUUACCUAGUACCAAGAUAUUUUAGCCAAAAACCUGGUUGCCUCUGACAGGAGGCUGAAACUUGGCCGCAAGUGGAUCUUACAGCAAGAGAAGGCAAAGUCCUUCUCAGUCUCUGGCAUAAAACCAUUAAAAAACCCAUUAAAAACCUGUGGUUUGAAUUGAAGAGGGCAGUCCAGAAGCCGCAGGUGAAGGAUAUCAAGUAUCUGGAAAGAUUCUGUAUGAAGCAAUGGUCUAAGAUCCCUCCCAAUGUGUUCUCCAAUGUCAUAAAACAUUUUCGAAAAAGGCUCCGUGACCCCUAUCUUUUUGAGAGAAAAAAAUUACUUGUUAAACAAAAUCACUUUCUGUGAGCAAUUGUAUUAGUAUAAUAUAAUUUCAACAACAACAAAAAUGGUGCAAAUAAUAUAGCUCAGUAUUUGUAUUUAGUUUUUGCUCAGCUUUAUCAACGGGUGCCAAUAAUCUUGGAGGUGACUGUGUAUAGUUUAAUGUUACAGUUAUCACUGUCAUAUAUGGGCCUAAUUAUCCUAAUAUAGGCUGAGCUAAACCUCUGUACAGAAUUCCUUUUAUUUUCAGUCAAAAUCUUUCUCUCCAGCCGCCAGUGCUGGUUAGACCUCUGCACAGAGAUGGAUAGCUAGAUGACACCCUUGCCACUAGACGGUGAAGCCCUAUGGGCUUUAUCACAGAAGCGAUCAAUGGCACAGAUCAGAGGUAAAAUAUUUUCUGAAAGUCACGCGCACAUUACUUGAAAAAGUAACUAUUACUCACAUUUGUAAGUAACAUGUUACUCAUAAAAGUAAUAUUACAUAACGUGUAACUUUUAUAAUGCGUUACCCCAACACUGCUGACAAAUACCUUCUUGUUUGAAGGAAUUAUAAGACUUUCUUGAAUGUCUUCCAAUAGAAAAGGAUCAAGUAAUCUCAAUGUUAUUCUCCCUCCAGCACCACUAUAGGAUUUAACCCGUUGUCGUGGCUGGAUGACUACUUUGACUGGUUGAAGCCUCAGUCCUCCUGCUGUAGAUAUUACAACUUCUCUGGGGCCUUCUGCAUUGCCUCAGGCAGUAAUGUUAAACCAUUAUCCAAUGUGUCAAUAACACACUGCUCUGCUCUGAUCAAGUCACACACUCGCUUUAGUCUCUUCCAACAGCCGCUGGGCAAAGCAAGUCUACACGCUCAGGACAACUCUGUUAACAUGUCUAACAAUGUCUCACUCACAUCCUUAUUUUGAAGACACAGGCUACAUUCCAAUAUCAAGCUGUUGCAAAACAGUGUCAUUCUGAAGUAUUGAUUUUAGUCAAUGUGGCAGGAUUUGAAGGGCUUUUUCUUUGUAAUUUGAUGUUAUAAAUGUUGUAUUAAAGUACCUAUAUUUGUCUUCUCUCAUCAGUGGUGGACACGUCGUGUGUGCACUGCCGCCCCAUGACCCCCAGUGGGAAGCUGAGGCCUAUAGAGCAGGACUUCAUGAAGUUCCUACCCAUGUUUCUGUCAGACAACCCCAACAUCAAGUGUGGGAAAGGGUAAUGGUUGUUUCUCAAUGGCAAUGAAGUCAUUGUAGUUCCUAAUUUAUUGUAUUGAGACAUAUGGACUGGUUGCAUUUCAUGCUUUUACCUUGAUGUAGUUUACAGUAAACCAUUUGUCUGAAUCUUUUGCUUUUCACUGUAAGCGUUGAACUCUUAAAUUUGCGAUUCAAUCAUUCAGUUUAAGGGAAUUAUAAUUCCUUUGAACUGACUGACUCUGUAUUUGCCUCUAACGUGGUGUUGGUGGUCCUGCAGUGGUCACGUGGCCUACAGUUCAGCUGUGGUCCUAAAGGGGAACGACACAUCUGUGGGGGCCACCUACUUCAUGACCUACCACACCAUCCUCAAGGACUCCUCUGACUUCAUAGAUGCCAUGAAGAUGGCCCCCGUCCUGGCUGACAACAUCACAAGCGCCAUAGGCCACAGUCUUCCCCUACAGGUAGACUAGGCCAACACCUAUCUUAGUUUAGGAUGCAUGUUAUCACACUCAGAUAGGAGCUAUUAACUGUUCCAGUGUUGUUGUUUCCACAUCACCCCCACACCAGUGGAGGCUGCUGAGGGGAGGACAGCUCAUAAUAAUGGCUGGAAUUGAGUCAAUGGAGUGGUAUCAAACACAUCAAAGAUGUGGUUUCCAUGUGGUAGAUACCACUUGAUUAAAUUUUUAUGAACCGCCCUCCCUUCAGCAGCCUCCACUGCCUCACAUGUUAUGAAAAAAGCAUGAGGCUUUUCCCGCAAAGGGUUAGUGUUACUGGGUUAGCUGCUGAUAUAACAGUCACUGGUUAUUUUUGCCCUCAUGAGAAGAGAAAAUAGUCACAACUCACUAGUGGGAUAGAUACGCCCUGAACUCACUGUUUCUGAGUUCCUGAUUUUCUGGCUAAAUAGAACAGCUCUGAAAGCUUUCCAGGGUCUUUGUUCCUCAAAAUAACCAUAAAAGGUGGAGAAGAAAGUUGGUCAUAGAUAAACACACACUCAUAACGUUGUUUUAGCCCCUAUUUACCACACAUCCUGUUUUAAGGGUUAGAGAGGGGUUGAAUAGUACAUUUAAACACUGCAUGUAAGAUAACGGCCAACCAACACUGAAAGAUGCCAUCUGUACGUAUUCUGUCCUGUCAAAAAUACUGCCCUUCUUGGUUUUGGUUUUGUUUCUUGGUCAAAGUACCUUCAGUUGCCACACUAGGGACAUUUUAAGUUGUACCUUUUUUAAGUACAUAAUUCACGUGUCAUUUUCUACAUACUGUAAUACAAUUAUGUUGCAGAGGUUGAAUUUGUUGAAACUUAAAUUCGAACUGUUCUUUUCCCUCUCCAGUGUGUUCUACGAGCAGUACCUGACCAUUGCCUACGACACGGUCUUCCAGCUGGGCGUGUAGCUGGCGGCCAUCUUUGUGGUGACCACGGUGCUGCUGGGCUUUGAGCUGGGGUCAGGAGUGCUGGUCAGCAUCACCAUCGCCAUGAUCCUGGUCAACAUGUUCGGGGUCAUGUGGCUCUGGGACAUCAGCCUCAACGCUUUGUCCCUCGUCAACCUCGUCAUGGUGAGAGAAGGAACAGGCUUAUAACGGUUUAUUAAAAAAUCUCAUAAAUCCAAAACUAUGUCUUCCUAUAAUUUGAAAUUUCUGGGUAGUUUUGGUAGUUAUUUCUAAGUGCCAUAUUUUGACAACAAAGGAGGAUGCAGAACACUCCUCGUUGUGAGCACAGCCCAGUAUCCCGGUGUAUUGUGUGUGUGUUGCAGAGCUGUGGUAUCUCUGUGGAGUUCUGCAGUCACAUAGUGAGGGCUUUCUCCAUCAGUAUGAAGAGUACCAGGGUGGAAAGGGCUGAAGAGGCUCUGGCCCACAUGGGCAGCUCAGUAAGUACAUCUCUACUCUUGUAGUUCACCCCAGACUAGCACACUGUGUGUUAUGUUCAUGGAAAGGCACACUGUCUGAAUAUGUAUUUAAAAAAGCAUGUAGUUCAUCCUUUGCCCAAGGAUUGUCUGUUAUAUCAGUAUCUGACAUGUAAAAAUACUACGGAGUGGCUGCGGAUCCAACUUUUUCAGGCUACUUUGAAACUACACCGUAUAACUCAAGAAGAUCGAAAUGCAUAUCCCCAUGAAACCGAUCGAGAUCAAAUGGUUACUAUGCAGAAUGAUGCUGCAUGGAUGUUUCACCGGUAAAACUUGAACAAUUAUCAUGCACGACAGAAUGUGGUGGUGUUUUUCUCUUAAAGUAACGUAUUAUAUUUGAUUCUGCUAUGUAGAAUACUGUGAACAUUAUGUGAUCUUGCAGACACUGAUUCAGCUUUGAUCUAACUUUAUUAAACGAGCACCGUUCAUCUGAGUAGCCUGUUCUCUGUGAGUAAAGUAGAGAAUGUAGGCUACACAUGUGCAAAAGCUUCCGGAAGGAUCUUUGUGUGCAGAAGACUAAAGAUCCCGAAAAGAUUGCUCUGCAGCAAUGCAAAAAAAAAGAAACCUGUGUGAAGUUGAAUUCUUGGCUUGAAUGGAAUAUCUAGGAAAGUAGAAAUGACUUGAUUGUUUUGCUCCGGUUUUUAGAACCUGUUUAUUGUAUUAAUUUUUGACUGGAGGGAAUGCUGAGCACCAGAACAUAACUAAACCAUGGCUCCUCUUCUCCCAGGUGUUCAGUGGGAUCACUCUGACUAAGUUUGGAGGCAUCCUGUCAAAGUCCCAGAUCUUCUACUUCUGCAUGUACCUGGCCAUGGUGCUGCUGGGGGCAACACACGGACUCAUCUUCCUCCCUGUGCUGCUUAACUACGCAGGUAUGCAUAGGGAAAAAGUCCAUCUUCUCCUCGACUCGCCAUAUGUAGGAGAGUGCCACUUCGAUAAUAUAGCGAACGUAGGAGAUUGCUCCUCUCCUCGAUUACCUCUUCCCGCCAAGGAACCUCAUGUAUCGUACCGGCUCCCUAUCGCGGAAGAGUUUUGAAAUUCGCUACAUCCUCUUUGAAUCAGCUGUUGUUUUCUUGGAGAAGAAAAGCAUGCACACGUUUAAAAACGGUAUGCUACUUAUCUAAAUGUCUGGCACAACAAGCUACAUUUCCUUUUACCACUACACAUAUUUUGGGAUUCCUCCUGUGUGAACAUAAUUUGCAUCCUAACAUCACACUAUAGCACCUCUCCGUAAACUCACUAGAACCCACAAGCCCCAAAAGGAAACUUGCCUUGAAAUUCACAUUUGCCUAACACCUGAGUAUUUUGUGUAGUGCCUCAUCUUAGUUAGUACCAGUUUGUCUGUAUGUCAAUGUUUACACUGCAUGGAAUAGGGGGAAAAGGUUGCCUCCCAAAAGUCAAACGAUUUCACCAUUGGGAAAUUGAGAGAAUCUGUCGGUCUCUUUCCGUCAGGUCCUUCGGUAAACAAAGCCACGGUGUUUGCAGCCAACAAGCGCUAAGCCGGCACAGAAAGGGACGCCUCCUCAACUUCUGGAGACUCUGUGGGGCAAAGAGCAGGACAAUGAUGAUUUGAACGAACUAACCAGUCUGUCUGUCCUGGUCUGGAAGAGACUGUGUGGGUGUGGGGUGACGCAGUGUGACGGAGGCAGCGGUUUCUAUGAUUACUGA